AGACUUUUAUUUGGUUUGUUCGUUUAUAAAAGGAAACAGCCGUCCCAGUGCUUAUCAACAUCUGUCCUCUUGAGGUUAAUUAGGGUUCUUUAGAGAGUAGUAUAUUUUAUCAAACGAUCCUUCGGAUCUUGAAUGGAAGUUUAAAAGUUAACACGUUUUGAUUAGAAUCUCUUCGUUUUCUCCUUUUUUGUUAUUAUAAACAUUGAACUUUUAUAAACUUAUAGGGCUUUCGAUCGUAUUAUUUGGUAGAUCAUCGCCACUAAAGCAUAUACAGAAUUAUUUUUCUCUGCUUUCCCUUGUUUUUAAGUUCAAAAUUUUCUUUAAACCUGCUUCUUUAACAAAAAAAAAAUAUAUACCACCUUUUCUUGAGAUAUCAAAGUAAAAUUUUCAUAUUUUAUCGAUGGAAACAAUAUCUUUGCAACGUUCCCCGGGCAAACAAGUUUCUGGUUCGAGACCAUACAAGAACCCUAAAAGAAGGAGUUCUCGUGGUUCGCUUUCAAGAUCUGGAGGAAGUUUGACUCUUCCGAUCAACCCAACGUCUUCUUGGGGAUCUUCUCCGGCGCAUCUUCCACCGCCGCCUAGCUACUCCCAGCCUCCUCUUCUCCCUCUUCCACGUGUCAACAGCUCUACUUUCCCUCUGCAACGCGUCAACAGCUCUCGACCACGUGUGAACAACUCUAGUCUCCCUUACUCUCAAACAAGACCAACGUCUCAAACACAGCAGAAGAAAGCAGAGUGCGUUAAAACUGUACCGAGACUCACUCGAACCGGUUCGGUUCCGGUCCGGUCUAACCACAAGCGUGAUUUCCCGGAAGGAUUUGAUGGUUAUCCCGGUCCAGCGAUCAUGUUAUUAUCUCCUCCCCCGUGUAGUUUGCCCAUGCCUAGGUUUUCUAUGAAACCGAAGCUUAGUUGCAACGCAGAAGCUGCCGGCAAAACUGACGUAGCCACCAAUAACAUACGUCGUGUUUUACAGCUACGUUACGGUCGAUGAUACUACAAAUAAAUUAAAGCCCAUGGGCUUGGGUCUGUCUUGUUUUUAAAGUGAUAGAACUCUCUCCUUUUUGUGUGAUUUGCUAAGCCGUAAGUUUUUUUAAAUAGGCUCUGUUGGCACAAAGUAUAAGCCUUGUCGUAAUAUAUUUUCUUCUAUGUUUGUUUCCUUCUAUAAGAUUAUUACCAAUACUAAGACCUUGUUCUUUUACA